GUUGGUAUGGAGUCGCCUGAGUGGUGUGUUUUGAAAGCCGAGGGCGGAAACAGCUGCUGUCUUCAUUGUCGCUGCCUUAACAGCAGCUCUGGUUCUCACGCUUCCUCCGGCGCAGCGCCGUGUGCUGGCGUAGUCUCCACUGCAUCCCGACUUCUGCACACUUUCCUUUUUUAGAAAAAACGUCGCAAGUGUGUUGAGGACGUCAACUAUAAUCUGAAAAACAGCAAGUGACCGCGACCUACAUCGGUUUAUGUGACUGACUGUUGGAAGUCCAUCCCACGCUGUCACUGCGCUUUGUAGCUACUUUGGGUACUGGGCCAGUUUGUGCGGAACAGUAGUUUAGAGUGGGAAGAGGUUACACACAGUGGGUGACAGGCUUUGAGCAUCCGUCUGCUGGCAGGAACACUCCUUAAGCUGUUAUUAAUGGAGGCCCGCAUGACAACGAGUGUGAGGAAUGUGCUCAUCUUGAUCUUGGUCCUCCUCGCCACAGGUUCAAGUGAAAAUGACCUGGACUUUGAAUUUUGUGGCACCUGGCACCAUGGCAAGGAGCCCCUGACCCUGAAUUUCAACUUGUCCACAGGCUGUAAAGGGAUCUCAGUCUCAGCCAAUAAGAGCUCUCUGACCAUCAAUGGGCAGAUCACAGGCCAUUGUAGGCGAUCUGAUAAGAUUCCUCUCAAAAGGUUUCAACUUGAGUCAGAGGACAAUAAAUUCUGUCUGUACUGGGAACCACUGCUGGACCUGCUGAAGCUGGAGAUUGGAGGACAGAACCUGACUCUGUGCUGGCCUGUCACUCUACAUGGCUCCUGCUGCACUGACCUGUCUCUCGGUCCUAAUGAACCCGAAGCAUCGUAUGGCAUCCUCAAUGGAAUGAUAAAAACCGAUAUCAUCAACCACAAAAUACACACAGGCUACAAUUUCAGUGCGAAUUCCAUCAACUGCAAAGCUAUAUGUGAUCAGUGGAACAAUGGAUUCAACCAAGUCCACGGGACUGAAGCCGCUGUCAGCUCCCAAGCUGUAGAGAAAAUUGGGCAUGCCUGUGCUAGAAGCUUCGAGGUGGAGAUGAAGGCACAUUUCGGAGGCAACAACAUCACAUCCCCUGCCACUAAAGGUGUAUCUGCAAAGACUGCUACUGCUGUCCAUCUGCCCCCUGCUCUUAAAAAAGCUGCAAAAAAGACUAGUAAAGUAGUCUGCACUUUCUUCAAAAACAUCACCGUGUUCCAGGAGGGUCACAAAGAGGUCCAGAUUCUCAGUGAAGUGGUGGGAAUUACCAUAGAGAAUGAGGUUAUUGUUGAUCUGUCUGAGCCAAUCAGGAUUGAAUUUCACCAUGAUGCCAUGCCUAAAAUGCAUUCAAGGAAGUGUGUUUCAUGGGAUACCAGGAAAGACCCUUUGCAAGUCAACUGGUUGGUGGAUGGAUGUGAGACAAAACUGAGAGGAGCAAACCACACCGAGUGCCUCUGUAACCAUUUGACUUACUUCGCUAUACUGGUGCAACUGCAGCCUCGACCAGUGCGCCACCUGCUGGCACUGACUGCCAUUACAGCUCUGGGCUGUGCCAUGUCUGUGAUCAGCUGUAUUGCUCUCAUCAUUUAUCUCUGUAAGAAGAGCAGGCGAUCUAAGGAGCAGUCCACUCCCAUCCACCUAGGCUUGGCCACAUCUCUCUUGUUGCUCAACCUACUCUUCUUCUUAACUGGGGUCCUGGCCAACAUAGGAGGGGAGAGUGUGUGUACCUGGGUGGGGGCAGGCCUCCACUACACCCUGCUCAGCUCCUUCACUUGGAUGGGCAUAGAAGUUUUACAAACCUUCUGGUUGGUCUGCAUAGUUUUCCGCCCUUCCCCAAAGCCCUAUGUAUGGAACCUGGUGGGCUUCGUUCUCCCUGCUGUUCCUGUCAUCAUCCUGGCUGCAGUUGGUGACAUUUAUGGAAUGAGAGAAGUGGUGCCAAGCACCGACCUCUCCGACCCUUAUCUGAUGUGUUGGAUGAAAGUUACCUUCAAAGCCUUGCUGGCUCACUAUUUCAUCAACAUGACCAUCCUGGUCAUCCUCGUGUUCUCGGGCAUUGUGAUGCUCUUCCUGGUCUACAGGGAAAUUCGCACCAGAGCUGAAUGGAGGAAGAACCGUGUGGCUUUUCUCAGCAUCUGGGGCCUAAGCUGCUUGUAUGGGACAACUUGGGGCCUGACAUUCCUGGACUUUGGACCCCUUGCUGACUUUUUUCUCUUCCUCUCCUGCAUCCUCAACUCUUUUCAAGGCUUCCUUCUGAUGCUGCGGUUCUGCCUGCUGGACUGGAUGAAGAAACCGACUGGUGGCUCUUCUCUCCGCAGCAGAAUCUCUGGAUCAACCAAGCAACACAUGCUACACUCUUCUCUCCGCAGCAGCAACUCUGGAUCAACCAAGCAACACAUGCUACAGGACCAAGAGAAGAGUUAGAUGAACCGAAGAGGGUGUGGUACGUAAUACAGUGGACAAAUCAAAGCUGCAGCAGCCAAGCUUUUUAUGUAAAAAUCAACUGCUCUUAUUAAUAUAUGAUAAACUAGAAACCAAACCAGCAUUGCCUCCAUUUGAAACUUUGGCAUCAAGUGGGUUAACUGCUGGGGAAAUGAUAAACCUCAACUGAAAAGUGGACAUCAGAGUGACUCCAAAAAUGAGUGAGAAAUUCUCCACUUCUCUACACCUGUCACUCAUCUGUGUCCCUUAGUGUUAAACUUCACAACCUAGCCAACAUUACUGUACUGGAUUUCCAGAAACUUGUCUUCAUUCAUUUUCCUCUUGGUGCUGUUUGACCCCGCUAUCUGCAUUAAGAUUUAAGUGCUAGUAAUUCAAUAUUGGUAUUGAGGUAAUAUUGACAUGGUAGGUCAGCACUAAUGGCACUAGACAUUACAGUAGAACCAGUUUACCGAGUUAAAUGGACUUAAAUCGCCUAGACAGUCAUUUUUCAGAUAGCAUAUUAUGUCCUUUCAGUUUCACAUCAGGCAAAGCAUUAAAAUUUAGUCAGAUGCAUUUUGAGAGUAAUCCUUUUGUUAAAUACAGAUACAGCUGACACCCAGUUAUAAAGUAUACAGAUGGAGACUAGCUAAAUAUAAUUCUAAAUAUGCUGGGAGCAUCUUAAUCAGCCUGGUGUGGUACAGUUCAUCUACAUGGCAGUCAGAGAUGUCUAAAAGGGUUUUAUUACUUGAUUCCUCUUUUCUUGAGAGAAGAAAUAGCACCAUUACUCAGGAACUGAUAAUAAUACAGGCCUGGAGCCUGUCUGUAGCAUAUCUAGACUGGGUCUAGUAAUAAAAGCAACAAAAGAGAUUUUAAAUUGUAAACUUGUGAUAAAGUUAAGUCUUAUUUCCAGGCAGGGGAGUAUGGGGAAGUUAAAUGAUUGCCUGCUACUGUGCUGUGAGUCCCAUUAUAAUGUCUGUAAAGAAAAACUAUAUAUUAGUGAAACGUUCAUUGAACCUUAGAUAAGCUUUUUAUUUUUUAUUUUGUACUGGGCAUAUUUUUAUUUUAUAGUCAAGUCUUUUAAAGUAGCACUUUAGAAGUUCAGUUUAAAAUAAAUACUUAGAGAACUGCAGUGACUUCUUGUUUGUAAUGUUCAUAAUAGAAGAUAUUUCAUACACAGUAUGUAUGCUUUGUAAAACAAUAGCUGAAUGUUAUACAGUGUUUCAGAAUGACUCCAUGUUGUAUGUUCUUAGAGAACUGCAGUGACUUCUUGUUUGUAAGAAGUCUUGAAUAAUUUAUUUAAAAUAUAAAAACUACCUGGUAGAAAAGUCUGCAUUUUAACUGAGUCUUAGUUUAAAUAUUUGGCUGACAGAAUGUGAUCCUCUUUAAUAUGGAAAUAUAAAACUUCUGAAAAUUGUAUCAUAUGGUAUUACUGUAAAUUCUUACAGUUCUCCAGCAGAACCCAGUACGGAGUUUUUAGAUACUGUGACAUCUGCACUAUUUUAUUUUCUAAAGUGGCAUUUGGUGUCACAUGAAUUAUUAUGUAUAUUUGAGUUUUUGUGGAUGUAUAUAGAGAAUUAAAAAAACACCAUUGUUUUUUGUUUCUUUCUGUGUGUGUGUGUGUGUGUGUGCGGCUGUACUCAGUAAGCACAUUCAAGGCUUGCUGUCUUCCUGCUUUGUCAUCCCUCCUUCAUAUCUGUGCCUGAGUGUUUCCUCCUUGGAGGUUUUCGAUUUGUUGUUUUGUUCUCAAACAUGCUGCUUGAUUGCCACUGACAUUCUCAGUGUUUCUGCUACAGUGUUUUCCUACAGUAUUCUUCCUGAAGAUAAUAAAAGCCAGAGCCUCCUUGG